AUGCGACGGAGACAACUGAAAUUGAAGUGGUUCAGUCGGCGUUCCCGCAAAAACGAUAGCCAGGACUUUCCCAGGGAGUGCUUGGGCACAAUCUACGAUGGGAUCGCCCGGUGUGAAAUCCAACUGAAGACUGCGGUUAAUGCCUCCUUGACCGCCGCUGCCUCGAGUGGUUUCCUCUCCGAUGGUGGCGGUCUGAGCAUUGUGGACGAUGCUCCACCGACGACGUUGAGCGGAUCUAGUCUCAGCGGCCAACACCUUGACAAAAUCAGCCGCGAAAGAGAGGCUCUGGCUCAGAGCGCUCGCGAGCUAAUGGAAUCUGUGAGUGCAUCUAUCUUCUUCAUAACUUGCCCCUCUCCAACCGAUGUGCGUGUAUGUGUGUGCGUGUUUUGGAUGUAUUGGAUGCGUGUGAGUGUAGGGGUGUCAGCGGUGGGUUCACAUGAUAGUCGUAUUGGUCACUCACUUGCUUGCAGGUGAGACUACGCCUAGCGUCCACUUGCUGGCACCCAAGUCUCACAUGUGGCUCCACGUAGCUGGACUCUGCUCAGCGGCCACACCCCGGGCAACCGCCUCGACCGGUGGGCUAAACCAGGUGAGGGUAUCCGUGCGCGUACCUGCUCACACGGUGUUGUGGUCUCCGCUGGCCGGAUGGAUCUUCGCGUCGACAUCGUCAAGACGAGGCUCUGCCUGAACCAUCGCAGGAGGCCAUCAGGUAAGUGAUUCUUCAGAUAAGUGAAUUUACAUUGUUCCUUCAUUUUGUCCGUUUAAGUUCCGUGUUGUAUGCUGCUCAUGCUGCCUGCCCUCUCUAUGUUAAUGCGUGCCUCUGUCUGUUAAUAACUAGAUGAGAACUGUGCUUGAUCUCGAAUGAUGUCAUUCCUAACUUGUCGCACUCGCCCUUAUAUUUGCCUGCUUAAUUCCUGCUUUCUGUCGCUCUUGAUGCCUGCUGCGACUGUCUGUCUGUCAGUGUAUGCCUCUCACUGCUAAUAGCUAGGUGUUACUGUGUUUGAUCUUGAAGGAUGCCCUCCUACUUCUGUCUUUGACUGAGUACUGUCUGCCUGUGCAUUCUAGCUGUAAGUACCAUAGCAUUAUGUUGGUGUGUUUGCCCUCUCCUACUCAACUCCAUCACCACCAAGGCCCCAGGCUAACUCGGGUCGUUCUCUCACUACCCAAAAUUCGUGACCCAUAGUGAAGUCCGGCAGCCGUCUGGGAUAACCGGGCAGCCCUAUUUAGGGGGUGCGCUGCCUGCCCCCGCGAGGGGGAGGGGGCAAGAAAAGAUGCCCUAAAAAUUGCUGGGAGCCACGCUGUUUGUAGGCUGGCCGUGGCCGCAGACAAAAGACACGGUCGAAACAGCCAAAACCGAAACAACAACAGCAACAACAAUCUCUCUCAUCCUCGUCCAGUGUAUUCUCCUUCUUCCACUAGUCCUAGUAUUUGCCGCCGCAAUCGCCAGACUGGCAGGGUGAGUCCGCCCACUCUGGCAGCCUGGAAUGUUCGUUCACUUUUAGACAAUCCAAGGAGCAACCGACCGGAACGGAGGACAGCGCUAGUGGCCCGGGAACUGGCGCGCUACAAGGUGGACAUCGCCGCAUUCAGCGAGACCUGAUUCUCCGAACAAGGCCAACUGGAGGAGGUGGGUGCCGACUACACCUUCUUCUGGAGUGGUCGCCUUAGGACAGAGCGACGAGACGCGGGUGUCGCCUUCGUCAUCCGGAACGACAUCGUGGGACCAAUGCUCUGUUUGCCGCAGGGCAUCAAGGAUCGCCUGAUGAGCCUCCGUCUGCCUCUCCGAGGUGGGGGCAAAUUCGCCAUCAUCGUCAGCGCUUACGCUUCGCCGAUGAGCAGCCCCGACGCCACCGCAAGAGACAAAUUAUACGAAGACCUACACGCACUCCUGGCAACUGCGUCGGAGGCGGACAAGUUGAUUGUCCUUGGCGACUUCAACGCCCGCGUUGGCACCGACCAUACUGCCUGGAGAGGAGUGCUGGGUUCCCACGGUCUACAAGGCUCAAACGACAAUGGCCUGCUGCUCCUCCGUACCUGCGCAGAACACCGCCUCAUCCUGACGAACACGUUCUUCUGUGUGCCGGAGCGAGAGAAGGCCACCUGGAGGCAUCCUCGGUCGCGUCAGUGGUACCUGCUGGACUAUGUCCUCGUCCGGAGGCGAGAUCAGUGGGACGUGCUGGUGACGGUUAGACAACCUCCCAAUCGCUGCCGACGGCGCCGCUGCCGAGAACGCCUACGGGGAGAACCGCUGGUGUCAACUGCGAGACACGGUCCAGUCGACGGCGCUCGCCGUCCUCGGUCGCGCUCCCCGCCAACACCAGAACUGGUUCGACGACAACGACACCGCCAUCAGAAAUCUGCUCGCCGAGAGGAACCGCCUAAACAGAGCCUACGUAGACCACCCCACUGA